CGCGGUUCAUGUUACUUGGGCGCCAUUGUUGGAGAAUGUCAACAAACUACUCGUGAACUCCUAAGACUAAUCAGCCAUCAAUAGUAAUAGUUACCUGGAGAUGAUGAUUUAGACAAUGCUUCCUACGUGUCUAAACUCUGAUUACGUUUAAGUGUCAACUGCUAAAUAGACGUUGUUCAAUAGUGAAAUAAUCCCCUAAAGGUGCUAUCUUCUUCGGAGCAACUAGACCCUGUGUUAUUUUACAAAAUGCCGAGAGAGGACAAGCGUGCUACCUUCUUGACAGACUUGGGAAGGGCUACCAUGAGAGGUGUACGUAGGUGUCACAAGUGUGGCACCUUGAAUGGCACCCGAGGAUUCUCUUGCAAGAACAAGUCCUGUGAUGUAAUUUUUAAGGAGGCGGGAGAAAAGAGAAAAUUAUCCACAGAAGCGUGUAGAAUAACAGCUGGUGCAGAAGCUCAGAUUUAUUCUGUGAGAGUACGAGACAAAGGCCCUGACUAUCGUGGUUUUGUUCAGCUUCCUGUGAUUCAAUCCAUGGAUGGGUCUGGGGAUAUUUUCAUUGGUGCAGAGUCUCUGGGAGAUCCAAGGAUGCUUGUGCAGAUGGGAAUAAGAUGUUAUGUGGAACCAUGUCAGCGGAAUUGUGAAAAAAUAAUGAGUCAGCCGCCAACAUUGUGUUCACACAUCCGUGCUGCGUCCCAGUGUUUUAAAGACGCUCAAUCACUAACGCUAAAAAACUCUGUUCUGAAUUCCUUGCCCAUACCACAGUCGAUCAAAUCAGACAUCUGGCAGCUUGCGACUGAUACCCCGGGCCCCCUCGUACAAAGAGUAUCCAAAAAUAUUAUGGUGGUUAAAUGUAAACCAGAGGCUCUACAUCCAUUGGGAUUUUUACACUUCAGCUUCCAGCAGGUACGUAAUAAAGAGGAAACUGAGUACAAAUACUAUUGUGGAUGUCGAGCUUUCAAGAUUCAGCCGGCCGCCCGGGAUGUUACCUUCCGGAAAUGUGUUCAUUUGUAUGCCUGUGUGGUGGCCUUUGCAAGUGAUCAUCAACUCUCUCAGGAAUUUUCCUACUAUAUUAACAUGAUUCAGAGUGAUCUUAACCCGUCUCCAAGUUUAAUAGUCAGUAACGGUGGCGGAGAUGAAAACAGUGUUAGUAUAGGAGAGAGCAGCACAGGACUAAGUACAGUAGGAGAGAGGUCAUUCCUUAUUCUGAAUGACUCUGGAGAUUCUCAGUGUCAAGUGGAGGUAGAAGUGCUGCAGGAGGACUCUACAUCAAUACUUGAGGGCAUCCCAAUCUCUCCUUCAGAUAAUCUGGUUACUCAGGAAGAAAUUGAAGGGAAACUGGAAAUUCAGUUGAGAACUCCUGAGGGCAUCCACCUGCGAACUACAGAUGGGGGCACCAUCUCUGUCCAUCAAAUUCCUGACAACCUGCCAGUGACAGGCAUUAAGAGGAGACAGGAUGAUUCAGUGGUCCAAGCCAGCUCGGCUCUCCUUACCCUCCAGGAGAGUGGCACUAAGAAGAUAUCUUCACCGAGAAGACCACUGACUGGAGCCUGUGCCAGGAAGGCCAAGGAACCAGUUGAUGAGAAUACGGCUUCAUUUAGUUUUUUGUCGUGGUUGGGAAGUGUGACAGAGAGAAUAAACCAAACGAUGCAUUUUGGCUUCAGUGGUAAACCUGAGCCUUUAGUGUUUCACAUGCCAAAAAUAUUUUUUGAUUGCCUUAUGGAGAGAAUAAAUGCAAGAUGGAAAAAGAAAAGAUUGCCUAAUCAGACACAGCCAUUUAUAAGAAAGGAUGCUGUGCCUUUAGGUAAAUUUACAAAAUACACCUGGAAAAUUAUAAGCGACCUCCACGUGCGACUGAUCUUUGAUAUUCCUGAUAUGCCAUUAGAAAUUACUCGUAGUUUCAUUCAAAACCGCGACGGAACAUACAAACUCUAUCAACAACGUGAUGAAGACUCAAUUUAUGCCAAGGGUAACCCAAACCAACCACUGUUGAGGCCACAGGAAUACAAAACUAGACUUCGUGUUGGCACAACAUCACCAGGACAAAAGGAGCCAACACCUUUCAUUAUCGAAUGGAUUCCCGAUAUUCUUCCACAGUCUUGUAUCGGAGAACUGCGUGUAAAGUUUGAGUUCGACCACCUGCACAACGGUCAACUACUCACACCAAGAGAACCUCGAGGAGCCAUGGCAGGUCAGACUAUUGCAGCAGUUCGAAGCCACGGCCCUCUCCUGGCUCCCAGACCCCAACCACAGCAGCCACAACAGUCGUCACAGACAACAACGCAGCAGAUCUCGGCAACAGAACAUAAUAUUAUUAGCAUACCCAUAACCUCAGAAGGUAUGCAGUCAGCUGAAAAUAUGGCAACAAUUCUUACUUUUUGAAGUAUAGUAUCUCUAGUCAGUUUAUUUUAUCUAAAGAGGCAGUACCUGAUGUACACAUGAUAGGGAAACAUGGUCUGUCCACAAUAAAUCUAUAUACUGUUUAUAUAUUUUUUUUAUGUAUAUAUUUAAAGUUUUGCUGCCUUUAUUGAUAUUUUUAUUAUUAAAAAGAAAUAAAAAUCAGCUCAAUAUUGUGUAGAUAUUUAGCUUGAGCAUAAUUAGUUUGUUUGCAAUAAGAGAACCUGAUUAUCAGAUGUUGGAAUAGUAUGCAGUAAGACAUCACUUUAUCGCACUAGUGCAUGCUUAAACCUGGCCAUAAAACUAGGAAUUGCACCAGUAAAAAAUGUACAGUACAGUAAAGUUCUCUUAAAAACAUAAAUAUUGAUGCCCUUCUCAUUCCUGUAGUUUGUUACUACUUAUCAUAGUAACUCAGUUUCAGUAUUUUAAGAGUCCAUUAAUGUGAAAUCUUACUGUAUAGUGUUGAUAAUUUUAUAUUUUUCCUAUGGAAAAUGAUCUAAAUAAUUUUAUUUACAUAAAUUAUGUACCGUAUAUUAACCCUUUCACUGGCCGAUGACAUUAUAUUUGUACGUAUCGUUACGCGGACUGUUAGAAGUGAGAUGUCACCCAUGACCCCGAACGCUCAUACUGCCGCAUAAAACAUUAUCUUUCUACACUCAUUUGCAGCCAUCCCAUAUCAUUUAUACAACUAUUGUUCUUUUAUCAUUUAGUCAGAUACUGUAGCUAAUCUUUAUAAUUCAGUAAAAAAAAAAGAAGAAAAAAUUUGCAUAAUUUUACCUGUAAAUGAUCAAAUAAAUUAAAAGAAUAAACUAUGCAUUUUGGGUUGCAUCAUUGGCCAGUCUACUGGUUAGAUUUGGACCAGAUGGCCAGCUGGUAAAAGGGUUAAGAGAAACCUUCUAAAGCAAUUAAAUACUGUACAGCUCUUGAGUACUGUAUAUAACUUUAGAACAAGCAAUAGUGUACAUAAUUUUUCCUUUUCUCU